AUGACUGCCGAACUCUUUCAAGCCUGGCUGCGUCAGCUCGACUGCCACUUUGCGGCCAAGGCUCAGAAGAUGUUGUUCGUGCUAGGCAACUGUAGUGCGCACAUGAAGGUGUCCGGGCUCGAGAACAUUGAACUGCUAUUCGUGCCUCCGAACACAACAGCUUCCCAGCAGCCAAUGGACCAGGGAAUCAUAGAGUUUGUGAAAAGCCGCUAUCAACGGCAGGUAAUCCAGCAGAUGUUGCUCUGCAUGGAGUCAGGCAAGCAGUAUGAAGUAGACCUGCUAAGCGCAACCCAAAUGCUGGCAUACGUGCGAAACAACACACCACCUGUAGUAGUCGCAAACUGCUUUAGGCAUAGCGACUUAGUGCACGGUACUGCUGAUCCGGGGGUGGUGGCCGAUGAGGAAACCGGCAAAGAGCAAGACGGCCACUAUGUGUGCAUCAUGCCAGCUGAUGUGCCUCUGGGCGAUUACUUCGCAAUUGACAGCGAUGUUGCCAUGGCCGGCACAGUGACCGACAGCGAUAUCGUCGCCGAAGUAUUGGGCGGCGAAGGGGAAUCGGCUGAUGAGGACGCAAGAAUUACCAUUACUCCUGCUGUCAUGGUCAGCGGUUGCCUUUGCCAGCCCGAUAACCGCCCCUGCUGCGCCGAUGGUGCCGAUAAUGCUUUCGUCCGGCAUCGACUCCGGGCAUGUGCACUUGCCGGCAAAGCUUUCUUCGGCUGUGGAAUACGGACUGCCAACCGCAUCGACCCUGACAUCAUGCCCAGAAAAGAACUUAAGCUGCUGCUUUCACCGAGCUUCCUUCAGUGGACACGGGAACAGCAUCACAUCAAGUUUUCCUAA